AUGACAACCAAGAUGAAACUUGUGAAACCAGACGGAUCCAUUCUGGAAUUCCACUUUGCCAAAGGCUUACACUCUAGCCGCACAUAUCGACAUAUUUUGAACUUCCCAGUAAGAGAGGAUGACAUCUACUUGGCCACGUACCCCAAAUCUGGAACCCACUGGGUGUGGGAGAUCAUUAUCAUGCUGCAGAAGAGAAGCACCGAUUACGAAAAGAAGGUCAAGGAGUUUGCUUUCCUCGACCAUCGUGACAUUUCCACACUCGCUGAUCUUCCGUCGCCCAGGGUUCUCAACUGCCACUAUCCGCGUCACCUCACGCCCAAGGAAGUGCUCAGUAAAGGCAUCAAGAUUGUGCACGUUCAGCGUAAUUUCAAGGACGUGUGUGUAUCCGCCUAUCACCACAUGAAGGACUCACAUGAGCGUAACACAACAAGCUCCUUUGAUGAGUUUUUACCAUUAAUGCUUGGAACCUAUGGCAUAUAUUGGUAUUGUUCUUGGGCCGACUAUGUGCGCCAAUGGGAGAUAUUUACCAAGGCUCACCCGGAUCAAAUCCUCAACAUCUACUUCGAAGAUCUCAAACAGUUGUUUCAAACAACCUUACAGGACUCUGUCCAAGAGAUACGUAAGUUAAACACAUUUCUUGGAACCGGCUGUAAGGAGGCAUUGAUUGAAAAGAUAGCGCUGGCGUGCUCGUUCCAUAACUUGAAGAAAGCAGACGCGGAGUUCAAAGAAAACCCAUUCAAGAAGGACAAGCGCUUUGAUAUGUACAGGAAAGGCGAUGUGGGAGACUGGAAGAACUACUUUACGGUGGACCAAAGUGAACAAGUGGACAAAUGGAUUGCCCAAAAUCUACCGGAGACACAAUUGGCCUUCAGAUAUUCUCUUUAAACUAAAUUGAGUGUGCAUGCGUCAGUAGAACUAAUUAACAUAAACAUAAAAUCAAUCCCACAAUGCAUCUUCUAAAAUAACACCAGCAUCAAAUGACAAGAGAAAAUCCAAGAGCUGAAGGCACCGCAAUUUUUCGCUCUUUCAAUUUAUUUAAUACAACAAUAACAGGACAUUAAGUUCGACUUUUUAACGUAGGCCAAUAGAACGGCCACCACGAAAAAUGCAAACACCAAUGUAGUUUACUUUAAAUUCUCUACGGUGGUGAGUUUUUCCAAAAUGACAUUGAUUUACAAUCUAUCAUAAUUAUAUACAGGAUUCAAACAAACUCCACUUAUGAUUACAAAGAAGAAGCUUAGUUUAAAACAAAAAAUAACUAUGAAAAAGAUGUGCGACGUAUAUCCUGACCUUGAAAUAAACGCUUUUAAAUAAUUGAAUUAAAUACAAACGUUUAAAUUGA